AUGGCCUCCAGCUUUAAGAAGCCAAGUGCAGGCUCUGCGAGCCAUAAAAAAAAGAUGGGCCCUAAGCCUGAGCUCACUGAGGAGCAGAAGCAGGAGGUUCGAGAAGCGUUUGACCUCUUUGACGCCGAUGGAAGCGGAACCAUCGAUGUGAAGGAGCUGAAGGUGGCCAUGCGGGCGCUGGGCUUUGAGCCCAGGAAGGAAGAGAUGAAGAAGAUGAUCUCCGAGGUGGACAAGGAAGGCACCGGCAAGAUCAGCUUCAACGACUUCUUGGCGGUGAUGACGCAGAAGAUGGCCGAGAAAGACACUAAGGAAGAAAUCCUGAAAGCUUUCAGGCUCUUCGAUGAUGACGAAACGGGCAAGAUCUCGUUCCGAAACCUAAAACGCGUGGCCAACGAGCUGGGCGAGAACCUCACGGACGAGGAGCUGCAGGAGAUGAUCGACGAGGCGGACCGCGACGGCGACGGCGAGGUGAAUGAGGACGAGUUCCUGCGGAUCAUGAAGAAGACCAACCUGUACUGA